GCAAGAUAUACUCAGCCUCCGUGAAGGGCUGCAUGGUUGAGCAGUAUGGAUUGUUCCAGGAGUUGGGCAAUUAACGCGUUGCUGGCCUGUUGCGUGGUUCUGUGCAGUGUUAGGUUGACCCAGGGACAAGAGUUUUCAGAAGUCGUUCAAAGGACGCCAACAAUUGUUUGGUCACCUGAGAGUUACAUAGAAACGGGAUCGGAGGGACAAAAGGCAAGAGUGUCAUACGAGACGGCAUCGACUGCGUCAUUGGCAGAGACUCUGCUAAGCAGCCUCUUCAGAAAAGAUGGUGUUCACUCAGCUGCACAGCACUUACUGAAUGCAGACAGUAUCAGGCUGAGAGCGCCUGAGACGGUGCUCUUGUACAUUGGCAACCAGGUACACUCAAAGUCGCUGGCUGAGCCGUCGCUUGCUGCAGCGCUCGGGCCUUUGCAGAGCGCUGUGGAGAAUGCUGCUUUCUCGCUGUCUCUGCCCAACGUAUUCCACAAGGGGCCUGGGACUGUCAGCGAGCUGAUCACCCAGCACUUACAAUCUCAGAGCAAGCCUGCCGCGGUGCAUCUGCUGGGCGCAUGCACUGGGAACGAGGACUCCACUUCUGAGGCGUCAGCAUCAGCUGUGCAGUCGCUGCUGUCGAGUGCUUCAGAUGGGACACAGGUGGUUGUGGUCUGCCCUAGCGAGGCCGGCCUGCAGGAAGAGAUGGAUCUGCUGCAGCAGAUUCAGGCUGUUGUCGCUAAGGGUGACAGGAGGCAUGUCAUGGCUUACAUCUCAGAUCCUGCCAGGAAUCCUGAGGCGUCAUCACCUGCUCGCCAUCUCCUUUCCCAGCGGCAGUUGCACAGAGCACCUGCGAAGACUUACACUUGCGAUGCGAAGUGCGAGACACAGGUCAAGCUGUUGGAAGCUGUCAUCCUGGCAAUCACUUUGAUCACGGCCCUCAUCACAGGAUCCUGCAUGCUGAACAAUUUGGGCACGCCCACAAGAUUCGAGACUCCAAAGGAUUCCCUGUCCCGGGAUUAGAGAGCUAUGCUAGAAAAGAAUGCUGUAAUCAAGCUGCUGGCCCCACCAAAAGGGGGACACAUGUCCUGCACAUUACAUAUGCGGCAGGCGGUGUUUGCCUAUGGAUUUUUAACAGAAUCCUACCUGCUAGGACUGUCCAAAACUUGUAUUUGACUCAACAACUUGUAAGGGCAUACGAUUGACA